AUGAUCUUCCAAACCUUUGUCAUCGUUGCACUCCUUGCAGUCGCAAACGCCCGCCCCAACCGUCGGGCAGCCAGCUGCACGUUCCCCACCCCGCCUUCAACGAGUAGUCUUUCCUCGCCCAGGACGAUCGAAGCAGGCGAAUCCUUCGAUGGCGGAAACGUUAGUUCGACCGAGGAGACGGAGGGCGCGAGUCUGUCGAAUGUCGUGAUUGGAGCGGACCAAUCUGAGGGUAUUCACUGUCUCGGAUCAUGCACGUUGACCAAUGUGUGGUUCGAGGAUGUUUGCGAGGAUGCGAUCACAAUCAAACAAACAUCCGGAACGUCCACGAUCUCAGGAGGAGGAGCCAAAGGUGCUGACGACAAGGUCAUCCAGCAUAACGGAGGCGGAACGGUUGCCGUUGAUAGCUUCUGUGUCGAAGACUUCGGUAAGCUUUACAGGAGCUGCGGCAAUUGCGACGACAUGUACGAACGGCACUCGACAUUCUCCAACAUUAUCGCUACCGAUGGAAGCAGCCUUGCCGGAAUUAACUCCAAUUACGGAGACACUGCCAUCUUCGAUACGGAUACUAUUCAGACGAGCAACGUCGACAGCAUCUGCGAUACCUAUGAAGGCAAUGACACCGGUGAUGAACCUACACAGUUGACCUCUAAUGCUUCCAACGAUUACUGCCAGUUCUAG